AUGGUCAAACAACCCAUUGUGUUGGUGGCUUUGGUGCUUUUGUUGAUUCACGUGAGGGCUCAAAAUGAUACUGGCCUUAGUGCUUCUUUCAUCUUUGGUGAUUCCUUGGUUGAUGCUGGAAACAACAGUUAUUUACAGACAUUGUCCAAGGCUAACAUUCCCCCAAAUGGGAUUGAUUUCAGAGCAUCUGGAGGGAAUCCCACUGGCAGAUACACUAAUGGAAGAACCAUUGGUGACAUUGUGGGGGAAGAACUGGGGCAACCUAACUAUGCUGUCCCAUUUUUGGCUCCAAACUCAACUGGCAAAGCUAUAUUGAAUGGAGUCAAUUAUGCAUCUGGGGGAGGAGGGAUUCUGAAUGCAACUGGAAGUAUCUUUAUAAAUAGGCUGAGCUUGGAUAUCCAAGUUGACUACUUCAACAUCACAAGGAAGCAGUUGGAUAAGCUCUUGGGACCAUCACAAGCAAGAGACUACUUGAUGAAGAAAUCAAUCUUCUCAAUCACAAUUGGGGCUAAUGAUUUCCUGAACAAUUACCUGCUUCCGGUCCUCUCUAUCGGUGCCCGGGCUUCUCAAACCCCCGACGCUUUCAUCAACAACAUGAUCAAUCACUUGAGGAAUCAACUUACGAGACUCUAUCAAUUGGAUGCUCGGAAGUUUGUAUUAGGAAACGUGGGUCCAAUUGGAUGUAUACCUUAUCAAAAAACCAUAAACCAAUUAAGCUCGGAUCAAUGCGUCGACUUGGCCAAUCAACUGGCACAUCAGUACAAUAGCAGGUUGCAGGAUCUGCUCACUGAACUCAACGAAAAUCUUCGAGAAGCCACUUUCGUCAACGCGAAUGUCUAUGAUCUUGUGAUGGAACUCAUCACAGACUAUGACAAAUACGGUUUUACAACAGCCAGUACAGCUUGCUGCGGGAAUGGUGGCCAAUUUGCUGGGAUCAUACCGUGUGGUCCAGUAUCAAGCCUAUGUAGCGAUCGAUCCAAACAUGUCUUCAGGGAUCCUUAUCACCCGAGCGAGGCGUCCAAUCUCAUACUGGCAAAACAAUUGGUCGAUGGAGACACUACAUACAUCUCUCCUAUGAAUCUCAGACAGCUUCGAGAUCUUUGAUUGACUUC